AUGGCAACUCUAUCUUAAAAGGGAUCAGUCAGUGGAAAGUCCUAAAUGAGUGAUGCUAGAAGAGAAAGACUUCUUGAUAUCCAAAAAAGAGAACAGCUCAAGGGUCUUCUCGUCAAUAAAUUCAAAGUCAAGUAUGGAGAUAAACCAGCAUUGGCAUCAUACAUCGACAAUGAAGUUUAAAAAUUCUUAAAAAAUGACAGAUUAACAGAAGAAAACCUUAAAAAACUAGACGAUAAAAUUCUCAAGGAAGCAGAACUGAGAGAUAGAAAACAAGAUAUCAUUGAUGACAGAAGAUCAGAGAAAUCAGCUGGUCAAAGAUCUCGAGCUGGAUCUCAAAGACCAGGUACUCAUGGCAACUAAAGAGCUGGACUCGACUUAGAAACUAGAUCAGUUGCAAGUUCAAGAAUGUCAGGUGCUAGCAAAUUAUCUAAGACCUCUAAGCACAAGGAAGCUCCAAUCUAAGGCAGACAGUUUGAUGCAAUCUCAAUGACCUCAUCCCAAGCAUAAAAGACUGAAGUUUACUCUGAAAUAGAUGAAGAUGAUGAAUGGACAGCAAUCCAAAAAUUCAAUACUCUCUUACAUUAUGAAGAAUAAAAGUAGGCACUUCUAAGAGAUAAAGAACGUAAGAGACUUAUAAGAGAGGAACUAGAAAAAUAAUUAAACGAGAAAAAGAGCCGAAAGCAAAGAGAGAAUGAGGAGGGUAAGAUGUAUGAAAAGCUUCAAGAGCAACAUAUUAAAUUGUUAGAGGAGAGAGAAGUUGAAAAGCAAUAAGAAAUGAAGAGAAAAAUCAUGUAGGAAAAGAAUAGCAGAGAUAAGCAAUUACAUGAGGAGAAAUACAGAAGAAAGGUUGAGGAUAAGGAACAAUUUAAGCAAGAAGUAGAGCUAGUUAAAAGACUACAAAGUGAAAUGGAUUAAGAGAGACAAAUGCUUCAAGAAAAAAGAAGAUAGGAGAAAGAAUAUCUUCAGAAAAUGCUCACUGAGAAUGAAAGGUAAAAGGCUAAGGCUGCAAUUGAGAAGGAAAGAGAGAGAUAGGAGGACAUCAAGGCUCAGCAAGAAUAUGCUAGAAUGCUUGAGAAGCAAGAAGCUGAUAGACUAAAUGAGUUCAAAGCAAGAGAGCACAGAGCUUAAGAGUUCAUGAACAGAAUGGCUGAUACUGUUAUAAAGAAUAUGGACGAAAGAUAAAGAGAUGAAGAUGAUAAAAUCAGACGCUACGAGAUGGAGAAAGAAAUGAGAGAAAGAAUGGAGGAUGAGAAGAAAUACAACAAAGUCAAGAACGAGCAACAAAGAAUGAGAGACUUCCUCGCAAAGCAAAUGGAUGAGAAGAGACAUAGAGAAAAUCUAGAAAAAGCACUUAAUGACGAGCAGGCUGUCAUGUGGAAGCAAGAUCACAGAAACUACAAUGAGGAAGAGAGAAGACUGAAUGAUAAGAUCAACAAAAUAAAUAAGGAGAACGCUGAUUUCCUAAAGAAGCAAAUGGAUGAUAAGAACUCUAAAAUCAGAGCAAAAAUGAACAAGCAAGAAUUCUUACUCAAUAAGCCUCUUCUCAAGGAAAUCAAUGAGAAGAAGAGAACUACCUAAUACGGAGGAUCAAUGAGAGAUAAUGAAUCCGUCUAAUGA